UUACCUGUUCCUCAGUCCAGCGCUGAGCAGUCUUCCCGCACCGGCUUCUUUAGUGUCAGCAGUCAUCUCCUGUACUGUCUGCAGUCUCUGGUCAUCUCCUGUACUGUCCGCAGUCUCUGGUCAUCUCCUGUACUGUCCGCAGUCUCUGGUCAUCUCCUGUACUGUCCGCAAUCUCUGGUCAUCUCCCAUACUGUCCGCAGUCUCUGGUCAUCUCCUGUACUAUCCGCAGUCUCUGGUCAUCUCCUGUGCUAUGUCCGCAGUCUCUGGUCAUCUCCUGUACUGUCCGUAGUCUCUGGUCAUCUCCUGUACUGUGUCCGCAGUCUCUGCUCAUCCCCUGCACUGUCCGCAGUCUCUGGUCAUCUCCUGUACUGUCCGCAGUCUCUUGGUCAUCCCCUGCACUGUCCACAGUCUCUGGUCAUCCCCUGCACUGUCCGCAGUCUCUGGUCAUCCCCU